GAAAUGGGGGACGAGAUCGCUUCAAUCGUUGUCGACAACAGCUCCGGGGUCAUGAAGGCAGGAUUCACUGGAGACGACGCCCCCCGUUCUGUCUUCUCUUCAAUUAUUGGUCACUCCAAGUAUCAGGGCUUUAUGGUGGAGAAUAACAGCUUCAUGGGAGAUGAAGCCCAGAACAACAGAGGCAUCCUGUCCCUGGAGUACCCCAUCAGCUGUGGCAUCGUCACUGACUGGGACAAGAUUGAGGAGAUCUGGCGUCACACCUUCUAUGAUGAGCUCCGUGUUCAUCCUGAGGAGUAUCCAGUCCUGAUGACAGAGGCUCCAUUAAACCCCAAAGUCAACAGGGAGAAGAUGACGCAGAUCAUUUUCGAGACCUUCAAGUGUCCAGGCAUGUAUGUAGCCAUCCAGGCCGUCCUGUCUCUGUACGCUUCUGGUCGUACCACAGGUAUUGUGAUGGACUCUGGUGACGGUGUCAGCCAUGCUGUGCCGAUCUAUGAGGGCUAUGCUCUUCCUCCUCACGCCAUCCUUCGUCUGGAUCUGGCCGGCAGAGAUCUGACCGACUACCUGAUGAAGAUCCCCACUGAGAGAGGCUACAGCUUCACCACCACUGCUGAGCGUGAGAUUGUGCGUGACAUCAAGGAGAAGCUCUGCUACGUGGUUCUUGACUUUGAACAGGAGAUGCAGACAGCAGCUUCCUCUUCCUCCCUGGAGAAGAGCUACACGCUUCCUGAUGGACAAGUCGUCACCAUCGGCAGCGAGAGGUUCCGCUGCUCUGAGGCGCUCUUCCAGCCUUCAUUCCUUGGAAUGGAGUUGGCUGGUGUCGACAAGACGAUCUACAGCAGCAUCAUAAAGAGUGAUGAGGAGAUCCAUCCAGAUCUGUACAGCAACAUUGUUCUGUCUGGAGGUAGCACCAUGUUUCCAGGCAUCGCUGGCCGCAUGCAGAAGGAGAUCACUGCCCUGGCCCCACCCACCAUGAAAAUCAAGAUCAUCGUUCCCCCAGAGAGGAAGUACUCCGUCUGGAUCGGAGGCUCCAUCCUGGCCUCCCUCUCCACCUUCCAGCAGAUGUGGAUCAGCAAGCAGGAGUACGAUGAGUCUGGCCCCGCCAUCGUCCACCGCAAGUGCUUCUAAUCUGCUCCACAUCUUCCUGAUAAUUUGGUGGAACAUAUGUU